AUGACAACUACACUCAUUCCAAAUUUCGCAUGCUUAAGCAAUUCACAGCACUCAGACUACUGCUGUGAUUUAUGUGGGAUUGGCUUUGAGUCUCCUUUACAAUACCGAGAUCACCUAAUUCAAGACUUCGAGCUUGACCAUGAUUCGAUUUCUUUCUUGCAAUUCAGCUUAGGGUUAGAAACAGAAACUGAUUCAAUUGAAUCUCCUAGGUCUCCUGGCUCCUGUUCCACAACAGAGUCAGAGAGCGACGAAAUUGAAUGCCCAACCUGCGGCAAAUCCUUCAAAGGACACAAAGGACUUCAGCAGCACAUCGGCAAAGCUCACUCAAGCAAAGAAAAAGGAGCAAUCUGCACCAUAUGCCACAAGGCUUUUAAGCACCAGCAUGCACUUACCUUCCACGACCGACAAGUCCAUCAAAAGGCAACUCGAGUCACAUGUGGAAUCUGUGGAUUGUCUGUUUAUAACAAAUAUAUGCUUACCAAGCAUAUGAGUAAACAGCACCCAUCAUAA